CUGUGUAUCCUGUCAUUUGCAGAUCACCUGGCAGCCCUGGGUAGUGCUGCCUAACGUAGUUAGAGACCAAUAUAUAAGCGCUCGGGAGACUGCCCGAUUCCAAGUUUUGCUGGAGGGCCCAGUCUGUCGGGCAUGGUACUUGGGAGAGCGCUUCUUGCGGCAGAGCCUCGGCUUGCUAGAGCAGAUAGUCCCGAUGUCACCUCUCUCGCACAUAAGGCAUACAGUGACAUACACCCUGCAAGAGAUGACCGAUUUCAUGAUCGGUUGGGAUGUCAACUUUUUCAGAGAUGAAGGCGACUACACCAUCCUCAUUUAGGCACAUCUCAUGCGGCCUCUGGCCAGUACCCGGUGAGGUGAGAGAGAGAGACCUCCAGCCACAGCAAGAGGAGUAGAAGGAUCGAGGGUGACUCGGGCCCAUGACGGGAGGGGUUUCCGGAGGGGACAGAGAGCGGAGUGGCCAGACCUGCCCACUACCAUGACAUACCGAGGAGAGGCUGGUGAGACUUAUCAGAUACCCAUCGCUCCUCCCCUGGCUGAUCAUGAGCUCAUCGAAGUUCGAGGCUCGACCACGAUAUGUGCUAUACUUUGCAUUUUGUACAUUCAUUUCAUUUUAGUUGAUAUCCCGCAAAAUACUAAUGACCUCAACACUUUUGCAGGCUUCCAUCAAGUACACUGGGCAGGCUCUAGAGCUGACGGCUUUGGUGAUGGGGAUGCUGCAGAGGAGUAUGCACUUGCUGAGUAUCUACGAUAAUCCGAUACCGGCCACAGCGAGUGCCUCAACGGGACCUUCAGUGCCUAUUUCCCGAGGAGCAGGGAAAGCGGGACGAGGGACUCCAGCGCAAAGCCGGAGCAGAGCUGGACGUACUCAGAUCGGGAGUAGUUCACGGGCGCCUGUCCCAGAUGACGAUGAGUCUGACGAGGAGGCAUUGAGUCCGCAGUCAGAGUCGUCUUAAGAUGGAGAUGAGGCUGGAGACGGCUCGGGUUCAGACUCUGACGGUGGUUCCGGGCCUUUGUCGAAGAAGAGGACGAGGAGAGAUUCCCACAUUUGAGGCGACUGGCGCCGAUUCAGAUGUUUUGUUUUUUGCUUUAUUUUUCUUUUUGCUAGUAGUUUUGCACAUUGUACUGCCUCAGGCAGGUUUUAUGUUCUUUAA